AUGGUGAUGUUGGUUAGUAUUAUGAAUAGGCUGCACCACUACAAUUUUUAUCAAUAUACUUUUUCAUUUGUUUUGGAUUAAAAGAAGAUGAUGAUAUAUUCAUUUACACUUCUUUAUUGUUAUUUGAAUUCUUUUGUUAUUGCUUUAUAGCAUGGUUGUUAUAUGUUUAGCUGUUUGCUUUUUUAAGUUUUAAAUCUGGUUGGUUUUUUGAAUGUUAAAAAGAGAUAUUUUUUUAUCUAAGUUAAUCUUGUUAUUAUUGCUAUGAUUAUUAUUGCUUUUAUUAUUACUAAUUUUCAAUAUGAUUAUCAGUUUAGUAUAAAAACUAUUAUUAGUGUUAGUUUUAAGGUGUUUCGUGUUGCAAAAUAUUUUAGUUUAAUUCAUUUUCUAUUUAUUACAAAAAAUCAUCAUCAUUGCAAGUGGAGAAUGGUGAAAAAAUAUUUUUGUUUUAUUAGUUGCUAAGUUUAGGAGUGGUUUACUGUGAACUUUAAUAAAUUAUUUAGGUAGAUUAAUUUUUAUUGUUGCUGUUGUUAUCAUUGUUUGUUGGAAUAUUUUAUAUAAAAUAGUUGUAUGUAAAAUUGGGAGGUAUUUGAUUUUCAUAAAUAGGGAUUUGAUUUAAUAGGUUUGAAGAUGUUUGUUAGUUAGAUUUUUGCGGAUGCAUUUAUUAUUAUAAAUUAAGGUGAUUUUAUUUUUGCUAUUAUAAAUGUUAGUAAAUAUACUGCUGUUGGUUUUAGGGGUAAUAAUUUAAUUAGUUUUGUUGAGAUAAAUAAAAGUUAUUUAUUUGUUAUUAAUGUGUUUAAGAGUUUAUAGUUGCUUACGGAUUUUACCCGCAAUUAGAUUAAUUUUAUAUAAUUUGGUAUUAUUGUUAUUAGAGGUGUUCAUUAGUUUAGAAGAAAGGUCCGAAAGAAUUUUAAGCAGCUUUGCAUCCUUGAUUUGGGCUCUGUAAAUUUUGGAUGGGUAUAAGUUAAGGGGACACAAAAAACUAUGACUCGCUUUAGGGUUGGCUGCUAUUCAAAGGCGAUUAUUAAGAAUUAAAUGAAUCAUCUUACUGGCAAAAAUAAAAUUAUUACUAUAAUUAAUGUUGAUGUUAUUAUUGUUAUUAUUAUUGUUGUUGCUGUUAAUGAUAAUUUAAUUGUUGUUGUUGUUGUUGUGAAAAUUAAUGCUGUAAAUAAAUAUUUUGUUUUUCUUAGAUAAAUUGUUAUUAGAGUUAUCUUGAUUACGAAUAUUAAGCUGCUGAAGGAAAAGCUGCUGAGUUACUUUUUUAAAAUUGGGGUAUUUGAUUUUUAAUUGGGUACGUUUAUGUGUACUUAAUCUGAUUAUUAUUACUAUUGUUUUAAUUACUUUUUUCGCAUUUUUGAGUAUUUGCGUCAUGUUAAAUAAGCUGAGGAGGAAGAACAAAAAGUGGGCAUCCUCCAUCUAUCUGUUGUGGUAUAUAUUAAGGAGUAUUAUUUACAUAGUUAUUUUAUAUAUAAGGAGAGUUUGUAAAAUAAUUUGGAUCUGUCUAAAGAUUUUUACUGUUUGGCUUUAGGUUUUGGUUUUGGUUUGGUGGAUAAAUAUCGCUUCUACUGUUUACCAAAAGAAGCGGAUGAAGAUUUUAGUUGCUUUAUAAAUUAUUUUUGUUGA